UGACAUCAUUUGUGUUUCUGUAAGAAGGAGUUGUGUGUCCUGGAUCAGAUCUAGUGGGCUUCAUGUGAAGAUGAUACAAUGGAGACCUGUGAGAGCAUGCCCUCUGGAAAUCAGCAGAACGGGAACCAUGGAGAGCCAGCUGUAACAAAGCCUGUCAUGGAAAGCACAACCCAAGUGAAAACUCUAAAGACCUUCUCUUCCUUCCAGCAGGCUGAUCAUUCUGAACCUCUAACCUCAGAAUCAAAUAAAAAAACUGAGUGUUCUGACUGUGGGAGAAUUUGCAAGUGCCACACACAGUUAGACAUAGAUGCCAAGCUCCACAAAGGAGACAGAUGCAUCGAAUGUGGAAACAGUUUAAGUCCGUGUGAUCAUCUACACUCACACCCAAAAAUGCACACAGAAGAGAAGCCAUACAAAUGCAUGGAAUGUGGAAAGAGCUUCCAGCUGAGUGGAACCCUUCGUGACCAUCAAAGGACCCACACAGGGGAGAAGCCACAUAAAUGCAUGGAAUGUGGAAAGUGCUUCAGGAAGAGCGGAGGGCUUUGUUGCCAUCAGAGGACCCACACAGGGGAGAAGCCAUAUAAAUGCAUGGAAUGCGGGAAGAGCUUCAGUCAGAAUAGGACAUAUAUGAAUCAUAUCAAGAUUCACACAGGGGAGAAGCCAUAUCAAUGCAUGGAAUGUGGGAAGUGCUUCAGGGAGAGUGGAAACCUUCGUGAGCAUCAAAGGACCCACACAGGGGAGAAGCCAUAUACAUGCAUGGAAUGUGGGAAGUGUUUCAGGAAGAGUGGAAAUCUUCGUUGCCAUCAGAGGACCCACACAGGGGAGAAGCCAUAUAAAUGCAUGGAAUGCGGAAAGAGCUUUAGUGAUAAUCAAACAUGUACGAGUCAUGUAAGGAUUCACACAGGGGAGAAGCCAUACAAAUGCAUGGAAUGUGGAAAGAGCUUCACUCAGAGGGCACAUCUGCGUGGCCAUCGAAGGACUCACACGGGAGAAAAACCAUAUCAAUGUAUAGAAUGUGGAAAGAGCUUUGGUGACGGUGUACAACUUCGUAUGCAUCAGAGAAUACACACAGGGGAAAAGCCAUAUAAAUGCUUGGAAUGUGGAAAAAGUUUUGGUUGGAGUAAUGUUCUGAGUUACCACCAAAGAGUACAUGCAGGGGAGCAGCCAUACAAAUGCAUGGAAUGUGGAAAGAGCUUCCAUGAUAUUUCAACGUACCAUAAACAUCUAAGGACACACACAGGAGAAAAACCAUAUAAAUGUAUAGAAUGUGGAAAGAGCUUUUGUGAUGGUGCACAACUUCGUAGGCAUCAAGUAACGCACACUGGGGAAAAGCCAUAUAAAUGCAUAGAGUGUGGAAAGAGUUUCGGUUGGCGUCAAAAUCUGCGUAGCCAUCAAAGAAUACACACCGGGGAGAAGCCAUACAAAUGCAUGGAAUGUGGAAAGAGCUUCACUCAGAGGGCACAUCUGCAUGGCCAUCAAAGGAGUCACACAGGAGAAAAACCAUAUCAAUGUAUAGAAUGUGGAAAGAGCUUUGGUGGUAGUGCACAACUUUGUAUGCAUCAAACAACACACACGGGACAAGCCAUAUAAAUGCAUGUAAUGUGGCGUUUUGGAGUAAUGCUCUGAGUUACCAUCAAAGAAUACACACAGGAGAGGAUCCAUACAAAUGCAUGGAAUGUGGAAAAAGCUUUAGUUAUGGAACAUAUAAUAAUCAUCAUCUAAGGACC